CAUCCUCUUCAAUUGCCAAAAUCCUUCGAUUCAUUUUUAUUUCUCCUGAAAUCUCCAUUCAUUUCAAAUUCCCCAAUUCGUCAAUCCUUUUUCUGUCAUCCUUACUAGAUUUACAACAGCUUCAUCAAAUCAAAAUCUACACGAGUGCAAGGCAAAGGACCUUUAUCACCUUCAUCAAAUCACUUGCUUCCGACUUCUUCUGAGUUAUCUCCCACACAACAAUGGAUGAUCCACCUGCUAUGAAAACUAAAGGGUCAUAUAAACAAUGGUCAGAACCUGAAAGCAACAUGUUAGUGCGGUUGCUAACUGAUGCAAUUAAUCAGGGUUUUCGUGAUGCUAAUGGCAAAUUCCACAAAAUGACUGUGGAUACAAGAAUAUUGGCACCUCUGAACAAAACUCUUGGAAUUAACAAAACCUAUAAUGAGUAUAAAAAUAGGAUGAAGAUCUUGAAGGGUAGGUACCUAGUUUUGGCAGAUCUUCUUCGUUUUAGCUCUGGUUUUGGGUGGGAUCCUGAAACGAAGAAAUUCACCGCCAGUGAUGAAGUAUGGAAUGACUAUUUGAAGGCUCAUCCAAACAAAACACAACUGCGUAAUGAGUCAUUUGAAGAUUUCAAAGAUUUACGAAUGCUAUUUGGAUCUAAUACUGCAACUGGGAGGAAUCCUGUGGGAUUAGGCGAUUCCAUUGAUGCAGAUACAUAUCAAGUUAGAGAGAAUGAUGGGACAAAUGAUCCAAGUCGUGUCCAAAUAAUGGAUGAUGCAGAGGAAAUAACAUACGAAGAAACAUCUGUUCAUGAUGUUUUCUCUUCACUUGAGAGAAGAAGAGGGGGAAAGCUACCUCAAAGAAAGAAAGCUAGAACAGAUGCAUUCAAUUCAAACAAGGUCUUAAAAGCACUUGCUCCGAGCUAUAUGGCUAAACCUGGAUCUGCAGUUCCUAGAAAAAUAAAAGAUAGCACACGAUUUUAUCCUUAUUUUAAGGAUUGCGUGGGGGCUAUUGAUGGAACGCAUAUCCUCGCAAUGAUAACAGGACAAGAGUCAGCUAGCUACCGUAAUCGAAAAGGACAGCUAUCGCAAAAUGUUUUAGCUGCAUGUAAUUUUGAUUUAGAAUUUAUCUAUGUUCUUAGCGGAUGGGAAGGAUCAGCUCACGAUGCAAAGGUAUUACACGAUGCUUUAACAAGAAACACAAACAAAUUAAUCGUUCCUGAAGAAGAAAAUGAUGUCGAAGAAGCUGAUGUUCAUGAAAGGGAUGAAGAUGAGAACAAUGAAGAACAACUUCACGGUACUCAAGAACAACAAAGAGUACUCGCUAAUAACUGGAGAGCAACUAUAGCGGCAAACAUGUGGACAGAUGCUAUGAAUAUGGGGUCGUAGUGCAGUACUAUUACUAUGCUUUAUCUUUAGAUUGUUUUCAUAAUUUCUAUUGGGUUAUUUAUGUUUUUUUAUUUUCGUCUACUCUAGUCCUCUAUUACUUUAGAAAAAUAACAACAUUGAAUAUGA